AUGGCUUCACAGUCAACCGAAGUUCCAACCUAUAGCCAGAUAGCCUGCGUUGGUGCUGGAUUAUCAGCUGUGGCUCUAGGUGCUACAUUACAGAGGUGGUACAGCCUUGAAGAUAUUCGUUUCUUCGAGCGACAUCCCACGAGUGGCGGAACAUGGUACAUCAAUACGUAUCCAGGAUGCGGCUGCGAUGUCCCAAGUGCUCUUUAUAGUCUUUCCUUCGCGCAAAACCCGAACUGGACCAAGCUUAUGCCAUCUAACACUGAAAUCAAGGAGUACGUGGAUGAUGUGGUAAAAACCUACAACCUCCUUCCGAAGAUGACCUUCGGAACGGAAGUCGUCCGCAGUAUCUGGAGAGAGGACGCAAAUCGAUGGCUUCUUUACCUACGAGAUCUGAAGACAGGACGCGAGUAUACCCACGAGUGCCAAAUUCUUUUCGCGGCUACGGGGCAACUUGUGGAGCCCCGUCCAUGCGAAAUCCCUGGUGCGUCGGAUUUCAAAGGGAGUAUCUUCCAUUCAGCGCGUUGGGACCAUAGCGUCGAUCUCGAGGGGAAGAAUGUCGUUGUUAUUGGAAAUGGAUGCACUGCUGCACAAAUUGUGCCGGCCCUGGUCAAGAAUGGAGGUGUGAAAUCUCUCACCCAGAUUGUCCGAACAAAGCACUGGAUAUUCCAGGCCCCAAACUUUACCUAUCCGAAGCUGCUGCAGUGGAUCUUCCGCUACGUCCCACUUGCCAUGAGGCUCCACAGGUUCCACAUCUUUUUGAUUGCUGAGAACGAUUUCCGCUUAUUUCCAAUGACAAAGAGCGCAGCCAAACUGAGGGAGAAGCGACGAAAACAGGUGGAAAAGUACAUGUGGCAGGCUAGUCCGGAGAAAUAUCACGAUCUUCUCAUUCCAGAUUUUGACGUAGGCUGCAAGCGACGAAUCUUUGACCCCGGUUAUCUUGAAUCUCUACACGAUGACAAAGUCGUCUUGACAGAUUCGAAAGCCGAAAGAAUAACUGCCGAGGGGAUUGAAACCAACAAGGGCUUUAUUCCAGCCGACGUUAUUGUUCUCGCAACAGGCUUCCAAACCAACAAAUUCAUCCCCUACAUGGAUGUUGUUGGACGCAACGGCCAAAACGUUUCACAACACUGGAGUAAAUACGGCGGUCCGGCGGCCUACAACUGCUCUGCGCUGAAUGGAUUCCCCAACUUCUUCAUGCUCUUAGGCCCUAACGCUGCGACUGGUCAUACGUCGGCCAUGAUGGCUGCAGAGAACUCCAUAAAUUAUGCCCUACGUGUGCUCAAACCAGUUCUAGAUGGUGAUGCUGCUUCCAUCGAGGUCACUGCCAAAGCUGAACAUGAUUACGUGUACUGGAUGCAGGACGCGCUGAAAAAGCGCGUUUGGAAUGCUGGAUGUCUGUCGCGUGUGUUGAAGCCGUCGACCCGUUCGUCGUCUUGGAUUCUGCUCUUGGCUUUGUUUUGCGUUGGAAUCCUGGCAGCGCUGUCCAAGAUGCGCAUUGGGAAAUUAGAGUGA